AUGGAGGAGAAACGAGAAUGGACGAAGCAGGACACAGAAAAUUUUAUUGAAGCCUUGGAGAGCUACCCAGAAAUUUGGGACGUACAGAACCGGGACUUUAAGGAUAGAAUGAAGAAGAUGUGUGCAUUGAAUGAAAUCUCGUCAAUAUUCGACACGUCAGUGAAAGAGGUACAAAGAAAGUGGCAUAACUUAAAGACCCAAUUUUCUCAAGAAGUUAGGAAACUGCAGAAAAUAAAAAGCGGCUCUCCUGGCAUAGUUCCGGAUUCUCGGUGGCCGUAUUUUUCAGCAAUGAAAUUUCUAGAGAGUAGUGUUGCCACAACCUCUAACAGAAUAUCUUCGCUAUCAACAAAGCUAGUCACUAUCCAUUUUAUGAGCAUCAGAAAAAAAUUUAUAAGUAUAUCAUUCUGUAAAAUGCAGUUUAUAUCAAUAAAAAUUUAG